GUCCAUCUGCACAUCCGCCGUGAGUCUUUGGUAACUCUUCAGUAUACACUAUAUCGUAACGUUGUAUUUCUUACUUUCUUAGUCUUUACUCUUACUUCUCAGCAAGUGCUAUAGGAAUAUGUUAGAUUUAAUAUUUGCUGUCAUCAAUGAUCGUUGUAUUAUUGGUUGUUAUUAAUGGUUAAUCUUCUGUUUGAACUAUGAUCUACUGUAUCCCACUUUCCACGUUAUGUAGUAAAUCGUGCUGUAAAUAUUAUGUUAUUUCGUAUUGUGUUAUGCUGCCCACAGUAAAAAUCUUUAAUUACUAGAAUGAUUGAUUAGAUUUAUUGUACUGCUUAAUUUGUAGGUAAUAUUCUCUGAGAAAACUCAAGUAAUUUUCUUAAAUUAAAAUUAAUUUCAGAUAUGAAUCCCCAAACACUUAAAAGACCAACAGAAGAUGUUUAUAGUAGUGGUGAUGAUGAGUAUGACAUGGGUGAUACAUGGGUUAACAAAAAAAAGUCAAGAUAUUUGUAUACAUACAAAUUAAAAUCACCCGAUGAUUUAUUUGAAAAUAUAAAUGAUUCAGAUCAAUCUGAAAGUAUUGAUAGUACCCAAUCCAAAGCUACAAUUGAAGUAGCAGAUAUUCUUGAUUUUUCAUCAAAUUGUCCCAGUGACUGUGAUUGUGAUAGUCAAGAUUCUAGUCAAAGUGAUUGUGACUCUAAAAGUUCUAGUCAAUCAGAAAGUGAAGUAGUUUCAGAUAACGAUAUCUUUCUGAACAUAGACAAUGGUUAUAUUCCUGAUACAGAUGUAAAAGUAUUUAUUCCAGAAACAGAUUUUAAAUUCCCAGUAAUUUUUAAAAAAUGCUGUAUAUGCCAAAAACCAAAUUCUAACUAUUAUUUUCAAUAUUGUAAUCAGUGUUUUAAGCAUCGAAUGCAAUUCUUUGAGAGUACACCAAAUCCUAAACCAAAGAGCAUCAAACGUUUGUAUAACAUGACCAACCGCACAGUAGAAAAUUAUUUACCUAGAGAUUGUCAAGAAUCAUCUUCAACCUCAAAUUCUCAAGAGUCAUUAAAUUCUUUGGGUAUUUCUACCUUAUGUUUAUCUCAAGAUAAUACAUCUAAUGCAUUUGAAAACACCACAAACACUUGUAAUAUUUGUUUUUUGAAACCCAAAAACGGUAUUUUCAACCAUGGUAAGACAGCACAUGUAUAUUGUUGUUAUACAUGUGCCAAACAUAUAUGGAGUAGAUCGGGUAAAUGUCCAAUUUGCAAUUUAAAAAUUAGAUAUGUUACAAAAGCCGUCCAUGCUUAAUGUUAUUUUAAUUUAAUUGUAUUACCUAUGUAUGUUUUUAUAAAUAUAUUAAUGUGCUUACAUAAUUUAAUGUAUUUUAUACUUUUAAU